AUGACCGCGGCGACAGCCUACCCCCCAGCAGCGGGGGGCAGUCACGACCCCUCCUCCUCGGGCGUCCGCGGCGGCCUCCGCUUCCGCAUGCGACCAGUCCAGGCUGCCCUGCUCUUCGCCGUCGUCGUCCUCCUCCUCUCUCCAGCCUUCAUCGGAGAGGACAGGCGCGACCACCUGCGUUCCUACGUCGCCGCUACGAUCCAGAAGACCGGACCUCAGCAGAUCGCCCAGCCCACCGGAGGGCUGGACCCGCGUGUCGUGCCGCUGACGCUCGAGGCGAGGUUGGAGCACUUCCUCUCGCGUCCCGCGCUCGACCACGGCGAGUCUGAGAUUGUCAACGCCUACCAGUGUCCGCACUACACGUUCAGCCGCGACACCUACUUCUUCCACGAGGCGGAUGGGGGCGCACGCAUUGAGCGAUGGAAGAAGCUCGACAAGAACGCCGUCAAGCUCGCGCGCAGCAAGAUUAUUGAGUACUUCAAGGAGCUGGAUAAGAAGAAGGUGCCCCUCAUCUGGGACCGGAGCAUGGAGAAGGACACGCCGGCGCACCUCCGUCGAGGUAUUAUCUACACUGGUGGUGGACACUGGAAGGACAUUGAGCGCCUGCGGUGGUCGCUGGAUGUGCUGCGCAACGUGCUCAAGUCGACCCUGCCCGUGGAGAUCUACCACUACGAGGGCGAGUUCAGCGACGAAAAGCUGCGAAAGGAGUUCAUCGACGACUACGGUGUCACGCUCGUGCAGUCCUCUGCGAAGAAGACGGACGGCAAGGCGUGGCAGAUCAAGAACGCCGCGUUCGUCGACACGCGCUUCACCCAGUUCGUGUACAUGGACAGCGACAACAUUCCGCUCUCUGACCCGGCCGAGCUCUUUGAGAGUGUCGAGUUCAAGCAAGGAGGGAGCGUGUUCUGGCCCGAUCUGAACAAGGACCAUCCCGAGAACGCCAUCUGGAGAGUGCUUGGACGGGACUGUUCCGAUGAGCACUGGCCCGCCGAGAGCGGACAGGUCCUCUUUGACAAGAGCGCGAACAAUGGGCUGAACCUCGCCGUGCUCCAUCUCAGCAACCACAUGAUGCUCGAGAGCGACUUCUACGGCGCCCGCGCGUCUCCCCGACUACAGACACCAGCUGUCCACCCCCUGACUAUACAGCUAACCAUCAGCGCUACUCGCGGCUACCAGCGGAUGGACGCGCGGUCUGAUCCCGACUUUUUCUGCGGCCACUCCCUCCUGCAGUGGGCCCUCACGCCUCCCUCGGCAAAGCACGACGCAAACUUUGAGCCCAAGCCCGGAUUCCUGCACACCAUCCUGCUCAAGGCGCGCUACGGGCUGCAACCUGACAAACUGCUCAGCCACGUCAAGCGCCCGCGCCUGAACCAGAUCAACGACGAGCGGCUCGUACGCACACUGUACCAGUUCACGGGGGAGUGUUUCGCAAUCGACCUCAAGGGGCCUGAUGGCGCGCCCAACGCGUCCAACUCGUAUGGAGACGGACAGGGCGUCGAGAUCCAGACCUUUGAGGAGGUGCUGAGCUACAAGCCCGAGGUUUGGGAGUGGAUUAGGGAUAAUUCGAAGAAGAUUGCCGGCAUCAAUGUGCCCGGCGAGUAG